AUGGCCGGGGACUCCGAGUUCUACCUCCCCAACCCGUCUGUGGGCGACCGGAACAGUGUUGAGGACUGGCGAAUCCGCGGAAUGACACCUCUUACACCUCCCGACCUCCUCCAACACGAGAUCCGCCAAAACGAAAAGUCGAAAACGACUGUCAUCCAAGGCCGCAACCAAGCCGUCGAUGUCAUUCGUCUCGAAGACCCCAAACGGCGCCUCUUGGUCGUAAUCGGCCCAUGCUCUAUCCACGACCCUGCCAUGGCUCUCGAAUAUUGCAACCGCCUUAUGGCGCUGAAAGAGAAGUACGAGGAGAAUUUGUUGAUUGUGAUGCGUGCAUACCUCGAAAAGCCGAGGACGACAAUAGGCUGGAAAGGCUUGAUUAACGAUCCCGACAUCGACAACUCUUUCAACAUCAACAAGGGCUUGAGAAUAGCUCGGCAGAUGUUUGUAGAUCUCACUUCCAAAGGCAUGCCUCUGGCGAGUGAGAUGCUUGACACCAUUUCUCCUCAGUACACCGCCGAUUUGCUCUCCGUCGGAGCUGUGGGCGCUCGAACGACAGAGUCCCAAGUUCAUCGCGAGUUGGCAUCAGGUCUAUCCUUCCCGAUUGGAUUCAAGAACGGGACGGAUGGAACUUUGGGCGUGGCUAUUGAUGCCAUUGGCGCGGUGAAACAUCCUCAUCACUUCCUGUCUGUGACGAAGCCGGGCAAUGUGGCUAUCGUGGGUACAGUUGGGAAUGAUGAUUGUUUCGUCAUUCUGCGUGGUGGGACGAAGGGAACAAAUUUCGAUAAGAAGAGCAUCGCAGAAUCGAAAGAGGCGCUAGUCAAGAAGGGCCUGAGACCCAGCUUGAUGGUGGACUGUUCACAUGGAAACUCGAACAAGGAUCAUAAGAAUCAGCCCAAGGUGGCACAUGAGCUGGCGGAGCAGAUCAGGGCCGGAGAGACGGCGAUUACUGGAGUUAUGAUUGAGAGUAACAUCAACGAGGGGAACCAGAAGGUUCCUGCGGAGGGCAAGAGUGGGCUGAAGUACGGUGUCUCUAUUACAGACGCAUGUAUAAAUUGGGAGGACACUGAAGGUGUUUUGAAAGAGCUGGCAGAGGCUGUGGCCGAGCGAAGAGAGAAGCUUGGACCUGUGGAGAAGCCGCAGGCCAAUGGGCACGCUUAG